GUCUAGCCUGUGAGCCGUCUGCGUACUGAAGUCUGAAGACAGUAAUGGCAUGAGCAUUGCAUUGCGAUUUAGUCUAGCCACUAUAUUGCGCGCCUGGGAAACGCCACUGUUUCAAACUCUUGACAGUUCAUCGAGGAACGUAAACAAUAAAAAAAAAAAGAGUUUGCGGACAAGUAAAGCAAAGUAGAAGUGCGCACAGAGACUGACAUUUGAAAAAUCUUCAUUAAAAUAAUAGCGCUAAUAACCGCAAAGGGGAUAUGGUGUUGGACAUGUGAAUUAUAGGAGUUACUACUACCUUUCUGCCCAAAAUGAAGCUGGCGUCUUCUCCGUGUUUGUUUGGCUUUCUUCUGACUUCAGUCGUGUUUCGGAUGAGCACCUCUCAGUCAGUGUGCACUGGGACGGAAAACAAGCUGAGCACCCUGUCAGACCUGGAGCAGCAGUACCGCACCCUGCGCAAGUACUACGAGAACUGCGAAGUCGUCAUGGGCAACUUGGAGAUCACCAGCAUCGACCGCAGCCGAGAUCUCUCCUUCCUGAGGUCAAUCCGGGAGGUGACUGGAUAUGUGCUGGUGGCCCUCAACCAGUUUGACUAUUUGCCUCUGGAGAACCUCCGUAUUAUCCGCGGCACUAAGCUCUAUGAAGACCGCUAUGCCUUGGCCAUCUUCCUCAACUACCGGCGCGAUGGAAACUUUGGGCUUCGCCAACUUGGUCUCAAGAACCUCACAGAGAUCCUCCAUGGCGGUGUGUAUGUGCACAACAACAAGUUCCUGUGCCACGCGGACAUCAUCCACUGGCAGGACAUUGUGAAGAGUGCCCCCUCUGAUCACCUGGAGGUGCCUAAAAACAGCAGCAACACAUGCCCUAGGUGUCAUUCUUCCUGUUACGGCCGUUGCUGGGGACCAAAAGAGGACCAGUGCCAGACCCUGACCAAGACGCUCUGUGCUGAGCAGUGCGAUGGCCGCUGCUUCGGCCCCUAUGUGAGUAACUGCUGCCAUCGGGAGUGUGCUGGAGGCUGCUCAGGACCAAAGGACACCGACUGCUUUGCCUGUACUAAUUUCAAUGACAGCGGAGCAUGUGUGACCCAGUGCCCUCAGCCUCUGGUCUAUAACCCAAACUCCUUCCAGCUGGAGCAGAACCCAGCCGCCAAGUACACGUAUGGAGCCUUCUGCGUCAAAAAGUGCCCACAUAACUUCGUGGUGGACCACAGCUCAUGUGUCCGAGCCUGUCCAAGCAGUAAGACAGAAGUGGAGGAGAAUCGGGUCAAAAAGUGUAUUCCUUGUACCAGCAUCUGCCCCAAAGCAUGUGAUGGCAUUGGCACAGCCAGCCUGCAGACUGCUCAGACUGUGGACUCUAGCAACAUUGACCGCUUUAUCAAUUGCACUAAGAUUAACGGCAACCUGGUGUUCCUCAUCACUGGUAUCAAGGGGGACUCUUAUCAUAACAUCAAGCCUCUGGAUCCAGAGAAGCUCAGCGUAUUCCGAACUGUCAGGGAGAUCACAGGGUUCCUGAACAUCCAGUCUUGGCCAGAGAACAUGACCGAUCUCAGUGUGUUCUCCAACUUGGCAACCAUUGGUGGCAGAUCCCUUUACAGUGGCAUCUCUCUGCUGGUGCUGAAGCAGCAGUGGAUCUCCUCCCUCCGGCUCCAGUCGCUACGCGAGAUCAGUGCCGGCAAUGUCUACGUGACCAACAACAGCCAGCUUUGCUACUACAACACGGUCAACUGGACCAGCCUUUUCCGCACCAACACACAGAAGGUCCUCGUCCGCAACAACCGCGACCCCAGAGAAUGCACCAAUAGGCGGAUGGUGUGUGACCCGCUGUGCUCAGAUGCUGGGUGCUGGGGCCCGGGGCCCAACCAGUGUCUGUCCUGCCGCUACUUCAGCAGAGGACACACCUGUGUGGAGUCCUGCAACCUCUACGGCGGGGAUGUGCGUGAGUUUGCUAAUGGCUCGGUGUGUUUGGAGUGUGACCCUCAGUGUGAGAUGUCCGAGGAUGAGUCUCUGACCUGCACUGGACCGGGACCCGAUCACUGUGUGAAAUGCCGACACUUCAAAGACGGCCCCAACUGUGUGGAGAAAUGCCCUGAUGGAGUGCAGGGAGCCAACAGCUUCAUCUUCAAAUACGCCGAGGCCAACAACGAGUGCCACCCCUGCCACGCCAACUGCACUCAGGGGUGUCUUGGACCCCGACUACAAGACUGCAUUGGCAUCAUGGACAGGACUCCUCUGAUUGCGGCUGGGGUGAUUGGUGGUCUGUUUGUAGUGGUAAUUGUGGGUCUGAGUGUGGCCGUGUCCCUGCGCCGCAAGAACAUCAAGAAGAAGCGAGCCCUUCGCCGUUUCCUGGAGACCGAGCUGGUGGAGCCGCUGACCCCAAGUGGAACAGCCCCCAACCAGGCCCAGCUGCGCAUCCUUAAGGAGACGGAACUCAAGAGGGUCAAGAUCCUGGGCUCGGGAGCCUUUGGGACUGUCUACAAGGGCAUCUGGGUGCCAGAGGGAGAGACGGUGAAGAUCCCGGUGGCCAUUAAGAUCCUGAACGAGGCCACCGGACCCAAAGCCAACGUGGAAUUCAUGGACGAGGCUCUGAUCAUGGCCAGUAUGGAGCACCCCCACCUGGUGCGUCUGCUGGGCGUGUGCCUGAGCCCCACCAUCCAGCUGGUCACGCAGCUCAUGCCGCACGGAUGCCUGCUGGACUACGUCCACGAGCACAAGGACAACAUCGGCUCCCAGCUGCUGCUCAACUGGUGUGUCCAGAUCGCCAAGGGCAUGAUGUACCUGGAGGAGAGGAGGCUGGUACACAGAGACUUGGCUGCGAGGAACGUGCUCGUCAAAUCCCCCAACCACAUCAAGAUCACAGACUUCGGCCUGGCGCGCCUCCUGGACGCCGACGAGAAGGAGUACAACGCAGACGGGGGAAAGAUGCCAAUCAAGUGGAUGGCCUUGGAAUGUAUCCACUACAGAAAGUUCACCCACCAGAGUGAUGUGUGGAGCUACGGAGUGACCAUCUGGGAGCUGAUGACUUUUGGAGGGAAGCCGUAUGACGGAAUCCCCACCCGCGAGAUCCCAGACCUGCUGGAGAAGGGCGAGCGUCUGCCCCAGCCUCCCAUCUGCACCAUCGAUGUCUACAUGGUCAUGGUCAAAUGCUGGAUGAUCGACGCCGACAGCAGGCCCAGGUUUAAGGAGCUUGCCGGAGAGUUCUGCAGAAUGGCCCGUGACCCACAGCGCUACCUGGUGAUCCAGAACAAGAGGCUGAGUCCAGAUGGACUGGCCAGGCCUAAUGCUGGUGUUGACGAGUUCCUGGUGUCCGUUCAGGGGGAUGACCGCAUGAAGCUGCCCAGUCCCAAUGACAGCAAGUUCUUCCAGAGCCUUCUGGACGAGGAGGAGCUGGAGGACCUGAUGGACGCUGACGAGUACCUGGUGCCCCACGGCCUCAACAUCCCACCUCUGGCCUACACCCCUCGCACACGCAUGGACUCCAACCGGAACCAGUUUGUGUACCAGGACAGCAGCUUCGGCAGGGAGGAGAUGAUGAUGACCAUCCCUCGGGUGGUGGCCGUGACGGCCCUUUCACCUGCGUGCUCCUCCGUCACCGACUCGUCCGUGACCCCCAGCACCGCCUCCGAGGCAUUCCCGGACCCCCGCUGCAACGGAACCCUGCGCAAGCAGCCGCAGCAGCCCUUGGUGAGGCCCGGUCCGCCGGAGGAUAGCAACGGCCAGCGCUACAGCGCCGACCCCACGGUGCUGCUGGGGGAGCGGGCAGGCAGGGGUGAGACGGACGAGGAUGGCUACAUGACCGCCACACAGGACAAGAACCCCACAGACUAUCUCAACCCUGUGGAGGAGAACCCCUUUGUCACACGCCGCAGGAACGGAGACGUCCACGGAGUGGAUGGCCAGGGGUAUCACAGCGCCCCCAACGGGCAGCCCAAGGUAGAGGAUGAGUACGUCAACGACCCGCUCUACCUCAACACCUUCCACAACUCUGGAGAGAAGAGCCAGGACGCUCUUCGGAAGAACGGCAUUCCUCUAUCUCACAUGGUCGCGGGUGGCGGAGGGGCCACUCUUGGCCCCCAGCACCCCAUCCAGGCUGGCCAUCCACCGCACAGUGGUCAGACGGAACACCCCAUUCGCCCGCACCUGCUCUCGCAGCCUCCCUACCCGGCCCCUCCGUCUCUCAGCGCACUCUCCAGCCACACGCUGCACCCGGCCCAUGCCGGACACACGCUCCACCCCGCGCACACCGGCACCAUCAUGGCCGACAAGAAGCCCAAAAAGACCUUCGACAAUCCCGAGUACUGGCAGCACAGUCUUCCCCCCAAGGCCACCCUGCACAACCCCGAGUACCUGCAGGACUGCAGCACGCGCUUCUUCUACCGGCAGAACGGACGCAUCCGGCCCGCUGUGGCCGAGAACCAGGAGUACCUGUCGGAGUUCGCCCUCAAACCCGGGACUGCACUGCCACCCCCGCCCUACAGACAGAGGAACACUGUGGUGUAGCCGGCUCAGGGGCUGGUGGUGACUGAGAAGGGGGAGGGAGGGGGCAGGGGGGCAGGAGAAGGCUAGAGUUGGAUACUCCUCCAUGAACUGGGACUUCCACCAGAGCCAAACUCUAUCUUACCAGCGAGACCAGGACUGACACUUCAACCCUCCACUGUUCCAGAGAUGAUCCACCAUCCGCUAUGUCCAGUGGCCAUGGCAACAUGAUACAUCAGUCCAUCGCUCCCCGUUUCUCCUGUUCCCUUCCUCACUCCAGCUCACCUGCCCCCAUGAACUGAGGAUCCUCUCAAUGAUGACUUUUCCAAAACUGGAUGCUCUCCUUGCGGUGUGGUCAGUGAGACACACUAAAUGCUAGAGGUACUGGCCAGUAGGUGAUGCUGGCUACUGACUUCAUCCCACAGGGAGGUGACACUGACAAAACCUGUUGCUAUUACCAAGGACAGGUAAAGGAACGGGGAGCAAAUCCUAGAAAGAGUGGCACAUACCUGCAUCUGGCACAUAGCGUCAUAUAUAUUCUCCUCCUGUGUUUUGGAAAAGCACUUUCUGAGUACAAACUCAAGUCCUGUAGUAAUAUAUGACUGUAGGCAUUUAGUAGUAGCAAUCACAGUCAUCUUUUUGUAAUCACAGUCACAGCCUGUGGUCACUCCACACAGGUGGCUGUGCGGGGGUCUUACGCCGGGUCACACAUGGAACUCUGAGGACUAUCUCCUUACCUCUGCAUCCACACUGCUGCCACCAUCUCCAUGCUGAAUACAUUCCAACAGAGGAUGCAUCGGAAAGUGAUCGAUAUUAUUUAUCUGUUUUCGCUGUGGCGCCUUUAUAAUCGUCCUGUAUAAAAGACCUGAUGUACAGGCAGCACUGGGAGAUGUAUCCACUUGUGGAUUUUUUCUGAGUUGUCAAACAACAACACUGUUCUGGCUUGAGAUUAAGAUCACAGCAACGCUUGGAAUGGGUGCCAUUACUCCAAUGUCCACGACUCCCACAAUCGGUCACCAUCAUAGAACAUUCACAAAACUCCACAUGUCUACCAUAUGAAUCUGUAUUCUUAUAAAGAAUCCCAUCAUUUCUAUUCGUAAUGCUAUCGGUAUUGCCAGUGAUGCUUGUCUAUAUUUAUACUGCUGGCUGUAGAUCACCAAUCAUAUGAGAGAUGUAGUUCAUCCAUGUAAAGAGGAACAAGCAGGGGUCAACCAGUAGGACCCACACCCAUUCUAAGGUGGAGGGAUAAACAGUGAAUCCACUGACCUGGAGACAUGUACGGCACUGCACAGUCACACCAAACUCAAACAGGAAAUAAAACCUAGCAGAGAUGUCUCCAGUGCACUCCAUCUUAGACCCAUUGUGGAGUCGUGCAUGGGCAAUGUGCUGGAGGCCUUGGCACGGCGUGACAUCCGUAUCGUCUGGGCCUGGCUAGAGUGGCGCGGGGGAUGAUAACUGGGUAAUAGUGUGCACCAGAGAGAGGGCCUGGGCAGCCAUGGUGUGGUGGCGAUGAGAAAUGAUGUGCCAUUAUCAAUGCUCAUCAAGCCAAGAUUAGCCCGCCACCUGCCACCAGGCCUUGCCAUCAUCAGGAGCUAUUUCCAGUGUUUUGUCACGGGCCGGGCCACUGGGGUAGCGAGGGGGUUGUAUUUCCAACUGGUAAAGAAUGGACAGAGUGUAAAAAAAUCAUCAUGACACGGGGGGGGGGGGGGGGGGGGGGUGAAGACCCAAGAAUAGCACAGACUGCACCCUAGACGAGCGGCAGAAUGCCAGUGGAUAGUGCACUAAAAUGGUCCCACCCCACCCCCCACCCGCGCUCCGCCACUACAACAUUGAUAUGCGCACUGCGUUUUCAAUGAGGAAACACAAUUGACCUCAUUAACCACAUGUUUUUUACUUUGGUUUCUGAUGAGGAAAUGAGAACGCAGGUUUAUCCGAGGGCAGAGCCAUGCGUGCGUGUGGAAGGUCACUGCCAGAGCGACGUAUGUUUGCUGCUAAAGGGAGAUUAGCGCAUCUGAAGUCUGAUCUUGGUACUUGAGUUGAUUUCAUAGCACUAGAGGAUCUGGCAGAGCCAAAAGACUUCAGUUUUUGAAGUACAUCAUUUAAUUCCCUACUGAUUUUUUAAUUGUGUUUUGUUGAGUUGCUGAGGAAGUAGAUAGUUGUAGUCAGUUCUUCGGCAUAGAUGUACUAGUAAUUGAUGUUUUUUUUAGUGAAGGUUUACCCUAUAAUGGAGCACUUUAAUAAACACCCGGCAUCAUUGGGAAAACUAGGAAGAUAAUGGAAAGCUCUGUGCUGAAAGCAAAUAUUGAAGAUGUGCAGUGUUCCGCCAUGAUUACAGAAUGUGCCAAACGUUAUUUGGAGCUUUUUUCCUCUUUUAUUAAAAAUAAUUGCCUGCCAAUUACAAACCAGUUGAAUUACUGAGCAGCACAUGGAAACGCCAGUGGAGACGGCACACAAGCAGAUAAGAGGGUUUGGAGAGAUUGUUGACUAACUUUGCAGCAUCAUUUUGUUUUUGUCCGUCCCUCCUAUUUAACCUUAAAAACAAGAAAACCAUAUAGCUACUGAGUUUUAUACUUGAAAUACAAAUGCUUAUGGCUGUUCGGUAUCUUAUCUUAAGUAUUUUUUCUUUGUUUUGUGGCUGUAAUGAUCACUACUUUAUUUUCAUACAAGUAGUAAUGUAUAAUGUUGUACAGUCAGGGGCAUAACACUGCUGUAUUAUAGAUCGCUGUUCCAUUCCCAUUUUGAAACAGAGACUAAGGUAACAGAGGAAGUAAUUUGAGAUCAGAAAAGUAAAAUUGCUUGGCUUUUGUGUUAUCCUGUUUCCAUGGGUAACUGUAACCAUGGUAAUAGAAAGCCAGCCCCCUAAAGUCCCCUGUCCAUAUCCAACCCGACCGAAUGGCAUCCUAUUAGGUGUUAUGAAUGUGCCCCCCCACCCCCCGCCCUAAACACUCACUGAAGUCUGAGGUGCUCUUCCUCAUCAUAGCCCCUCUGCUAAAGGGGACGAGCAUGAUUGGAUGAGGAGGCGUCACUCCAUUUGAACAGACAAAGAACUGUUACAGAGCUCCGUGCUGGCAGAUAAGCAAGCUCAGGUGUUUGAAAACAAACAGACAUGUAGCAAACACUGUUGUGUAUGUGGCGUAGUUGAACCAACGAGCAGCUAAAUGGGGAGCAACUUGACCAAAACACUGAGAGAGCGGAUGCCAGUCCCCCACCCACACCCGCAAACAGACAGGAUGUGCUUAAAGGCGUGGGCUGCUGUGGACACAGCAAAGAGGAGGACUCACUUAUUGCCAGGCUCCUUCCAAAAAGUCAGAGUAAAACAGUAUCACAUGGAGCACAGUAAUUCUCCUCCAUUAAAAAUCAUUUUCAUACAUUUGAUACAUUUUUAGGAAAGGCAAAUGUUUUUUAAAAAAAACAAACAUAUUUCACAGCUAUUUUACACAUACAUAUUGAGUCAUAUUUAAGUGAGUGUCUUGGUGAAUUCUUAUAUUGUUGACCUGUUUGAAUUGUGUAAAUAAUUGCUUUUGUUUUGAGCUUUGUACUGACGAUAGGAUAUUCUUGUGACUACUGUACUGAAUGGAUGGAGCAGCACAGGCAUGUGUUGAGGGCAUCUCGAGCCGUCUCAACCUGUAUUACUCAAACUAAGUUCUUCACUGAAGUAUGUGGACAAAAAAGUCCUGUUUGAUUGUACUCCACUCUCACUGUCAUGGCAAGUAUAACUUGACGUAAACACAGUCAAAUCACAGGGAUAUAGUAUUCCUAUAGACUUUGAGUUUACACAUACUCCACCUUUUAGGUAAAUGUAUUGUAGUUGUUCUAUGAACCAAUGCAAUAAAUAUAAUCUCAGCACCAGAACAAAUUAUUCAGGAUCGCAAUGCAGUGGCUAUGUCACAGUGAUCAUGAAAGAGAGAUCACACCAGAUAUUAAUCUACCAGUUGUCCACUACACUUGGUCAUUUGGUGGACUUCCCUGCCCCUCACACCAUAGUUGUAUGGACGUCUGCUGAGGGUGUUUGAUCAGUAGGUUUAGUUGUUUUGUUGUGGCACAUGCAAUGGAAUGUUUCACUGAGGGGAUCUGUGGGUUUGACAAGGGUUUUGUUGUGGUUCUCACAUGAUGACACUCUCUAAAACAUCUUCACUCUUCUUUUUGAAUAAAGGUUCCGGGAUAUUGUCUUUGCUUUUAAUACAUUCACAGAUUCAUAUUUCACAUGGGGGAAAAGGUUGUGCAUUUAACUUGUGUGGAAAGUGUAGUACCGUGACAUACUAAGCACAGUUUACAUGUUUAUAAUUGAUUUUAUAUUACUCAAACAAAUGGAGGGGCAAUUCCUCCCAGCAACACAAACAUUUGGAAUGAUGGCUCUUCGUCAUUUUACUACUAAAUGUCAACUGAGAAAAUGUGAAUAGUAUUUUUAUAGACUGUGGAAUUGGCCAGGUGCACUUGUAAAUAGAUGGGAAAACAUGCUGUUCGGAUUGCAAAAGGCCUUUUGAGUUCUUUCUGUCACACUUUGUCAUUGUCAUUGUUUUUUAUGAUUUGUUUGUGUCAACUGUUUCUGACCCACAUCACUGUGUGUAAUUGAUUACCAUACGUUUUCUUUCUGUAUAUAUUUGUGAUUGAAUAUCAACAUAUGAUUUGUAGAGCUUGCAGGAUUUCCUUAGCGCCCCUGCGGCGUUUUUUUGUGAUUGUAUUUAGCACAACUUGAUGGACUUUGUGUUCUUAAACUUCUGCACUUCUGCUCAAGUGGUACUGUAGGAGCCACUUUGUUUCUGACAGUUACUCCUUCUCUCUCUCUGACUCUUCACUCUGUUUCUUCUCCUCCUCCUCCUCGCUCCUCAUCUCAUUGUUCCUUUUGAUCUUGUGUACAGAAUUCAGCUGGAGGGGAGGCUGAGGCUCUGUGGCAAUACUGAUGAAUUUUCUUCCUCCGGUCAUAAUGUCUCUCUCUCUCUCUCUCUUUCUCUCUCUCUCUCUCUCUCCCUCUCUCAAACUUUCAACACUUUUCUCCCACUCAGAGGACACAGGCUCACAUCACAUCACCCGCACGGUUGGGUGCCAGCUUAGAAGUGGCAGUACAUCUGACACUCGAAUGCCAAACAAUCGUUGCAGACUUAUCAGUUUGUAUCGUAAACUAUAGCUUACUUUAUACUUAGGGGAAAGCAACUGAUUGGCCAGUACUGACAUUUUCUCAAACAUGUAAUUUUGACAGACACACAGAUCGUGAGGUACUGACAGUGAGCGUCCCUCCAAACACACACAACACUGUAGCCACUGAGCACAGCACUCCUCUCUACUCUCCCCACUACAGGUGUCUCACCCCAAAGCUAAAGCAUUUAAAUACUGUUUUCACGGUUUUGUUACAUGAAUCUGUCAAGAAUAUAUUUUUAAUUUAAUAUAAAUAAAUAUGAAUACAGUAUCUAA